CCUCCCUCACCCCACCCUGUCGCGUGUCCGAACCGGGCGCCGAAGCGCUCGGUGACCGAUGGCCGGCCGCGGAGGGAGGAUGGCGCUCGCGGCGCUGCGUUUGGUGCCGUUGCUCCUGGUCUGGUGGGACUCGGCAGCCUCUUUGAACGCUCAGUUUGGUGAAACUUCAGAAUACAGAACGCCAAAUUGCUAUCAGUAUAAAUUACCAGGAUGUCCCAGAGACUUUAGCCCCGUGUGUGGAAGCGACAUGUCCACUUACCCCAAUGAGUGUACUCUGUGCAUGAAAAUCAGGGAAGAUGGUCAUGAUAUAAAAAUAAUCCGAAGUGGACCAUGCUGAUGGAGCAGUUUACAGAAGACCACCUUUGACUGCACACUAGAUCAACUUCAUUUUCCCUUUUUUUCUUUUCCUAUGUUUCUUGUGUGAAAUUUGUUAACCCACAUUUUCUGAGAUGAAGUGUGGAAGAGAGCUAUGGGCAGUGCCUGAUAAUUAAAACAAACAAAAAAAUCCUUGUUUCUUGCCUUUUUUCCCUUGAGUUAAGCUUAUUGCCCAGAUGACUUAUGUGUUACUUUAUUUAUUUGGAAUAAAAUCAGCAGUGUAAUCA